UUCGGUGUGUAGACUUGCGUACUGUAGUGUUAGCGAAAAGGUUUUCUGAAGUGUCAGUUUGUCUUAGUUAAGAUAAGGUUUGGUUUUUGUCGUCGUGAACUUUAGGAGCAGAGUUUUGUUUUUAAAAGUCAAACAAACAGACUACAACGAACAAACAGGCAAAUUAAGUUUGCUGCGUAACUUAAAGCUAAAAACAAACUGUAGCUAGCUAGUUCAGCUGCGUCUCAUUCCCUAACGUCGCGUUACAUGAGAACGAGCAGUUAACAAUGCAAGAACAUGGUAGUCUUGAGAGAAGGUAUGUGUCCCGGGCUGGAUGAGGAUUUAGUGCGGGACCUGCGAGCUGCUGAUAUUAAAACAGUGGAGGACCUGGUCUCAUCUGACAUUGAGGAGCUUGCACAGAAAUGUUCUGUGUCCUAUAAGGCCUUGUUCGCCAUCCGCAGAGUGCUGCUGGCCCAACACACAGCGUUCCCUGUGUCCGGCGCUGAUCUGUAUGAGGAACUAUUGAGUUCAACAGCUAUCCUCUCCACUGGAAAUCCCAGCUUAGAUAAACUGCUGGAUUCGGGGUUGUAUACUGGAGAGAUAACAGAGCUGUCAGGAGGCCCAGGAAGUGGCAAAUCUCAGGUGUGUUUUGGUGUCGCGGUGCACAUUUCAUACCAACUGAAGCAGAGUGUGAUAUAUAUUGAUACGACAGGAGGGCUGACUGCCAUGCGCUUGCUUCAAAUGCUACAGACUGAAACAAGUAACACAGAAGAGCAGAUGGAAGCUCUUCAGAGGAUCCACAUCUUUCGUUUGUUUGACAUCUUCUCCUUACUCGACUGUCUGUACAGUCUUUGCAGUGGUGGGCUUCAGCAGGCAUCUGUUGGCGGUGGCUCUGCCAAGGCAGUGAUUGUGGACUCGGUGUCGGCUGUUAUCUCUCCUCUACUGGGAAGCAAACAAAAUGAAGGGAUGUCCUUGAUGAUACAAGUGGCAGGAAUUCUGAAGACGCUGGCGAAGGACUUCAAUGCUGCUGUUUUAGUUACAAACCAUGUAACGAGAAGCGGCAGCGGGGAGGUGCAGCCAGGCCUCGGUGUAUCAUGGAGUCACAUCCCCAGAACCAGAGUCCUGCUGGAGCGAGCAGAGAAGGCCACGGCUGUCAGCCGCUCCAGUUUGCGUUCUGCAACACUGAUCAAGUCUUCUAGACAGCCUUGUCACAUCAAAGAAGAGUUCGACUUGCAGUGGUGGAGUCGCUCGCAAGUAGAACCCUCAGGAAAGCGAAAAUUGGAUGAGACUGAUUCCUGAUGAGAGCCGACUAUAAUCCUCUGACCAAAG